CGGACCGAACGAACUGGGGUUCCCAAAUAACGGGAACAUAGAGACAGACACACAGACGGAUGGCGGGACAGAGCCAAAGAAAAGAUACCGCAUAACGGGUACCGUGUUUAUGUUUAUCGUUUAUCUUUCAUUUAGUAAAAAAAAAAGCUGGUUUAUUUAUUUAUCUUUUGUUUAUCGAUUGAUUGCGUUUUAAUUACCGGCCUGUGACAGAGAGGGGGAGGAGCGAAAACCAGAGGCGUCCCUGUGUAGCCUUACUUAUUAUUUGAUUAUUUAAAUGUUUCAAAUAAUUGAAUUGUAUAUUUUAUCAUAAUGCUUCUUGUGUGCAUGUAUUCGUGAGCUGACCAUAGCCAUUUCUGCUUAUAACCAAAUAUAGAGAACCAAAAAUAACAACAUAACACCAGCAGCUGCUAACCUUUUCUGAUCCGACCAUACACCUGCUACAACAGACAGCGAGAAAGAAUAGUUUUUCAUCGAAGUAAAACUGGAGAGAUAUUUAUUUACAAGUGUAAACCAAAGCAAAACCGAUCGAGGUAAAAAAAAAAAAAAAAAAAAAAGCCACAGUGACGGGAAGAGUCGCACACCUGUCGUGAUAAGCAAAACAUAUGGGAAUACCUUCAAUAAUAUAUAAAAAAUAAUAUUCCAUACAGUUCAUAUCUAGGCUAUUUUGUAGCCACAUACAGGCCUAACUUUUACCAAUGAGAGAAUACCAGCGUUAGAGAGUUCGUCAGUCUAUUCAUUCUGUUAAUGACUCAUAUCAACAGAAGCCUAUUUAGCCUACAUAGCUGGCGUUGUGUAUCCCGUAUCCCGACUAUCCGUCUGUGUGUUAGUCUCAAGUGAGCACCGUUCACUGAACGACUAAGGGACCAUAUAUCCACAUCGAUAUGACAUAGAUAGAGGCACAAAACCAAAAAUGUGAACGUAGCAUAGGCUAGACACAAACUCAACCAAAUAUUCUUACUACCAAACAUAUUUUGAAACGUCUACCUGGAAAGCAUACGAAGAAAGGCAAAAAAAGAAGAGAAGACAAGCGCAAUUCGAAGAAAACUGCAAAUAAAAACCAAGAACGACAGCGGAUCAUGUUUGUUCCCUUGCCGGUGCCGUUCGUCUUUCAGAGAACUGCUUCCGACUUCAGCGCCUGGCGUCUCAAGUCCCCGCUGGCUCUACGCUCCAGCUCCGAUAUCAGGAUGUCAAAACCAGCAGAGGAUGAGAAGCCUGGGACAGACUUUCCAGGGGAGAGCACAGACUCAGAGAGGAACAGUCCCGAUGCAAAUGAUCAGGUUCAGCCAAUGAAAACGAGUCCCUUCAGUCUUUCUCCUUCCUUGAGCAACACCAAGAGUAAAAGUGAGGCUGGCCCUGAGAUGACCUCCACCCAUGUGCCGCCUCCCUCCCAGCAGCAGACACCUCACUCUCACACACAACUCAUGUUGGCAGGGAGUCAGCUGGCAGGGCUGGCUGCCCUCUUGCCUGCGCAGCAGCAGCUGUUGCUUCAGCAGGCCCAGGCUCAACUCCUGGCUGCUGCCGUGCAGCAGUCCAACGCGGCUCACGCUGCUCAUGCCGCCCACGCAGCAGCCCAAGCCAAUCAGCAGCAGCAGCAACAACAACAGCAGCAGCAGCAGCUGACCAAACAAGAGCAUGCCCAGCCUCAGCUCACGCUCUCUCAGCCUAUCCAGCUCACCGCCCAGGAUAUCCAGCAACUGUUGCAGCUGCAGCAGUUAGUCCUGAUGCCCGGCCAUCACCUGCAGUCUCCUCAGUUCCUCCUGCCUCAGGCCCAGGGACAACAGGGGCAGCAGGGUAAGUGGGACCUACUAAGUUUGCUCUCGACACCAAAUUUAAUUUCGCUACCUCAGCAUCAGCAAAGCCAGGGGAGUCUUCUAACUACUCCACCCAGGCUGGGACUGCAAGCACAGCGUCGUCACGGUGACGGCCUCACGUCGUUACAGAGGGACAAGAGCGGGGACGGCGGCGUGACCUCCGGGGCCUCGGCCGCCCCCAUGACCUCGGUGACCUCUGGCCCGCACGGCGAGGAGCCAAGUGACCUGGAGGAGCUGGAGCAGUUCGCCCGCACCUUCAAACAGAGACGCAUCAAACUGGGCUUCACACAGGGUGACGUUGGCAUGGCAAUGGGGAAACUGUAUGGGAAUGACUUCAGCCAGACCACCAUCUCUCGCUUCGAGGCCCUCAACCUGAGCUUUAAGAACAUGUGCAAGCUCAAGCCUCUGCUUGAGAAGUGGCUAAACGAUGCAGAGACCAUGGCGAUAGACAACAUGCUUCCCAGCCCCAGCUCUCUCUCCUCCCCCAUGAUGGGGUUUGAGGGCAUGACGGGGCGCCGCAGGAAGAAACGCACCAGCAUUGAGACCAACGUCCGUGUGGCCUUAGAGCGCAACUUCAUCUCGAACCAGAAGCCUAACUCAGAGGAGAUCCUCCUGAUGGGAAAGCAGCUCAACAUGGAGAAGGAGGUGAUCCGGGUCUGGUUCUGCAACCGGCGCCAGAAAGAGAAACGCAUCAACCCCUGCAGUGCCACCCCUCCCCUGCCCAGCCAGUCCUCCCUUGUGACGCACAAACCCCCCUGCUACAACCCACACAUGAUGUCUAGUCAGGGGCUGCACCAGGCUGCCACCAGCCUCAGCACAACCGUGACCAGCCCAUCGCCCUUGGCAACUUGCCCUCUGACCCCCAGUGGCUCUGCAACUAUGAGCUCCGCCGCCUCCUCUGUGACUCCGCCUCCACACAGCACAGCCAGCAACGCCCCUCCCACCCUCAGUGCCCACAGCCUGAACGCUGGGAACACAAUGAUGGGAGUAAGCACAGGGCUGAACCAGGCUCUCAUCAGCAGCAAUCCCCUGGCCACAAUGCAAGCUCUGGCUGCCAGUGGUGGGCAGCUGCCCAUUUCCAGUCUUGAGGCCGGAGGUCAGAUGAUCCUGGGCGGGGCUGGGGUUCGCCCCUCCCUAUUCCUCAACCGCCACACCCUCCUGCCUAUGGCGUCCCAACAAGCCUGUGUGGGAUUGGUCGGCGGUCCCAGAGGCGACUCUCCGCCCCCCCGCGCCAGCGGCAUGGACGUCGACUCCUGCUCCGCCUCUCCCUGCUCCAGCCCUGCCUCCUUCUGCUCGUUCAGCGAAGCCUCACCGCCGCCUCUUGGCGGGGCCAUGGCCGAGUGACGACGACACAACCCAAAGGUUCCUGUCGGAAGGUGGAGGAGGAGGAGGAGGAGUUUUAGAGGAGCUUUACAGAAACACCUCGCCUUUCAACCAAAGCCAUCUCUCUCUCCCUCCAUUUGUCGCCUUCGCUCUCUCUCCCGGAGUCUUUCAAAGCCAAAAAAUACACAGAUUGAAAGAGGAAGACGAGAGCGAGGAAGAAUGGAGAGGAGGAGAGAACAGGAGAACGGUGGAGAUUUAAACCAAAAAAAAAGAUCUAUCUAUACAGUUGGAGAGGUGGCAUUGUGGAACGUUUUGUCGGCAGUGAAUGCUGAUGUACAUUUACUCCUUUCUAUGGAAAAGAACAAAUGAGCUAAAAACAAACAGCUGAAAAGAGGGCAGGGAUGACAACUGAACUAAGACUUUGUGUGAGAGAUGGGUGGCAAGGACAGGAAAGGAAGGAAAGACUACAAGCUUCAGUGGAUGGAUGGAAAGAAAUUCACAUUUGAAAAAACCUAGAAGGGAAAAACACACAAAGAUAAACCAUGACAAACAUGCCAAAAUCUCCAAAACCGAAAUACCAAAAACUGAAACCAAAAAAACAAAACGGAGAGAAAAGCUUUACUUAAAAGACUUCUGAUUCUGAUCUGUUCAGGAUCAGCACAUCACCCACACUCAAAAGCAUGUAUGAUUUCAUCGUAAUAUUAUUAUUAUUAUUAUUUUUUUUAAAUUAAGUUUUCAACACUUAUUUUUGUAUUUUAUAUGAUUUGAGCAUUGGGUUAUGUCAUACCAAAUGAGCAUGAUUUGAUAUAGAUAUCUUAGUAGUGUCAGUCCUCCCACAUAUCUUUGCCUACCUCUAGUGGCUGUACAGUUUCAACUUAUUUACAGCACAAAGCCGUGUUGUGGAUUUAGCAGUCACCUCGAAUGAUUAACUUUACAACUUAUUUUGUGGUAUAUUUUCCUAUUCAAUUUUCAAUUUUUCAAUUCCUUUUGUUUAUUUCACAUUUUGCUGAUUGAAUCCUCAUUGUCAUGAUCAUCAUAAUAAUCACCCUCGUCAUUAGGGCUAUUAACUUCAACAUUUGUUUAAUAUGAUGAGAUAUUGUUGCCUCCUUUGUUUCAUAACUUCUUAUGUACAAUUCUCUUAGCAUCCUCCCCAAUGUGAAGAUAAGGGCACAGCACCCUCCCCAAUGCGAAGAUAAGGGUACUGGGCCUUUUUCUCAAAGGUUCGAUGAGAUUGGAGAACCCACUUGGGAGGGAUGUUAGACCGUACCUCCACGCAGAAUAUUUCCAGAUCCUUUGUCUGCCCUUAUGGACUUCCCUCUUCAAUUCAAACGACAAUUAGGGUUCAAGUCCGGAGACUGAAAAAUGUUGAUUUCUGUGGCCAAUGAAACUUUUCUUUGUGGAUUUGGAUUAGUGCUUGGGAGUUAUUGUCUUGUUGGAAGAUCCACUUGUGGCAAAAUAGCCCCAUAAUGUCAAAGAUCCACCACCAUAUUUUACCGUAAUGAGGUACAUUUCUGCAUAUUCUUCUGUAUUUCAACGCCAAACCCACCACUCGUGUGCAUGGUCAAAGAGAUCUUUUUUUUUCAUGUCAUCUGAUCAUAGCACUGUCUGGAGUUUUAUAAACAGCACUGGCACUUGGAUUGGAACCGGGUGCUAUGGUCAAAGGACAUGGAAAUAGAGCUCUUUGGCCACACACACCAGUGGUGGGUUUGGUUUUGAAAAACAGAAGAAUAUGUAUAAAAGUACCUCAUGCCAAUGUUAAAAUAUGGUGGUGGACCUUUGAUAUUAUGGGGCUAUUUUGCUUCCACUGAUCCCGGGGCCCUUCUUAAGGUCAGCGGCGUCAUUAACUUGACCAAGUCCCAACCGGGCAUUUUAACCAAAAACCUGGUGGCCUCUGCCAGGAGGCUGACAGUUGGCCACAAGUGGAUCUCCCAGCAAGACAAUAACCCCAAACACAAAUCAAAAUCCACAAAGAAAUGGGUAAUUGACCACAAAAUCUCAAUUUUGCCAUGGCUACCUGUUGUUUGAAGGCUCAGUGUAGUUAUCCUUGCAAGGGGAGGGUGCUAGAGUAUUAAAAACCCGGGGUGUGAAUCAUUCUGAUCCUUAUCUUUUCUUUCUUUCUUUUUCUCUGAGAAAUUGUAUUAGUAUAAAAUAAUAUAAUUUCCCCACUUAUUUUGCAAACAAAAAGUAUUUGUAUAAUUUAUUUUAUACUGUAUUUUUUGCUAAUAUUUAUCAAUGUAUAUAUGAACACCAAAAUGUACUCUAAUGGCUGUUCUGUUGCUUCAAGCAUGCAUGCAUACACACACACACACACACACACACACACACACACACACACACACACACACACACACACACACACACACACACACACACACACACACACACACACACACACUACACUAGAAUGUAUCGAGAUGUUGAAGCUAAAUAAUCUUUAAUGCCUUUCAUUAUAUUUGUUUGCCUGUUUUUUUUUUCUCUCUCAAUAUAAUUCAUUUUCAUAUCAUUCCACUGACAUCAUAUCAGUCACUUCUAGUCAGUCACUCUUGGAUACCAAAGCAUUGUUUCGCCCGGCCGGAAGAGCCGGGAAAACAAGUGUUCAGACAGAGACCUCAGCCGUGUCAAAAACCAAACACCCCAUAACAGAGGACGACUCCACACCAACAAAAAAAAGGACAGCAUCCCUCCGAGCCCCCAACCCCCUGCCCUCCACCCCUUCUGCCCCUCUCCUUAGCCUCGAAAGAUUGGGUCAAAGAGCCAAAAAAAAGAAGAUGAGAAGAAAACAAAAAGACUGCCCAGAGGAGUCAAAAAGGCAAAAAGAGGACCUGUUGGAAACUGCAGGGGAAAACGGAGGAGAAAGCUGGAACGAAGGACCAAAACCAAAAAAGAACCUUACCAAAACCUACGUAUGAGCGACUUAACUGAACAGAUGAGAAACCAAAAACCAAAUACAACACGUUGUGGACAAAGAAGUGGAGGAGGAAGAUAAGGAAGAGGAGGAGGCUUUAGAGUCUGUCACAGCCUGAGAGGCUCCCUCUCUCACUCUUUCCUCCCUCCUCCAUUUGUGACCUCACUUUGUUCACCCUUUUCCUGGAUGGAGGAACAGCUAAUGACCUCACGGAACUGAAUUUAAGAAUAUAUAUUUUUCCUUUUUUUGCUUUUUAUGGUCGGUCUGUCGAUUGCUGUAUGACUUUGUCUCAUUGCUUUCUACUUGUAAUGGAGAUGAUGGGGUCAUUUAUUGCCUAUUUUCAUAUCUGGUCUGGGCUAUUAUUGGCGUGCUCUGGCUUUUUUUUCCCCAUUCGGUGGUUGGAAAUAAUACUGUGAAAAUGUAGCUUCCAAAUUUUUUCUUUGAGCAAGAAUGUUGUGAAAAAGCCAAAACUGAAUACCAAAAGCAAAACUGUUUGACACACAGACAUACCAAAUAACAACCAAAUCAAUGCACAAUUGUCGGAGAGGAAUAGUUGGAUAACUGUGUUUGUGCUAGGGUUUUCUGGACAGAUAUGUAGAGAGACUGGUUGCGAGAGAAAGGUAUGUGUGUGUGUGUGUGUGUGUGUGUGUGUGUGUGUGUGUGUGUGUGUGUGUGUGUGUGUGUGUGUGUGUGUGUGUGUGUGUGUGUGUGUGUGUGUGUGUGUGUGCGCAUUCAGGCAUGCUACCAUACAUGAUUGCGCACAUACCUGUGUGUGAGAUAUGGAUGGCGUGUAUGUGACAGGAGAGCAAAAGAGAGACCGAAUGAGUGUGUAGAAAGAGCUAUUCUCUCGCAUAUGAACCAAACCAUAAAGAUUCAGUACACACUCUUCUGUCCAGUGUGCCACAGAAUACUGAUCGAUAUACACAUGAAACUUCACACGUGAAAUGAGACAUGAGGCACAUAUAGGCAGAUAUUAAAGGCAACCAAUGAUAAUAUUGUGGGGAGGGGCGGGCGGAAAUCAACUGAAAACCAGUUGACCUACCCUUUAUAGGGAAUGUAUCUGUUAGUGCUUCAAUAGAUUUUGUAGGAAAAAAAGCUAUAUCUUCUACUGCUAAUGUAUAAAAGGCUGUGAAAUGAUCCUUGAUAACAAAAAAAAUGUUGAUGAUAACGAUGACUUGAUUUUAGACCAAAAGCUUUAAACUAUCUCUCUUGGGAUCUUUGUUUUGAAGGUGUAUAUCUAUUCAUGUGAGGUGGAAGAUGAGUUUCUUUGCAAAAGAUGUGUAUGUUACGAACUCUCACUUGUUUGUUUAUUGAUUUAUUCAAUGAUGUAAUUCUUUUUUUUCUAUUUCUGGAUUCAGACCUUUGUAAUAUUUGGGGAUUGCGAGGUUGUAUUUUGAAAAGAGGCGUUCUUGGGAUUAAGACAAGAAGACAAAAUGCUUUAAAACACAAAGACAAAAGGCCAAGCUUUAAAACAAAAACUGAAACCAAAUGUAAAGACUGUUCUUGUAAUGGGUGUCAUCUCAGAGCCCGUCUCAACUGAUAAAAGCCCUAACCUGACAGAGGGAGCGAGAGAGAGAGAGAGAUUCAAACUGAUUCAUGAAAUGGGUCCAUUUUAGAGUAAUAGUGGCCCCUGAAAUUUCUCCUUUCACUUUUCUACUUACACCUGUGUGUGCCAAUAGGAGUUCAAACACGUCUAAAUGCCUCUAUAUGUUCAUACGAUCUCCAGCUCUCUCUUGCUUGAUCCCGUCUUUUAUUUCAAGAGAGCGACGUCAUAUAUACCUCAUGUACUUUGAUGAAAAACCAAAUAGACAGAAGCUUUAAUGUGACCAUGGUCGUCUUGGCUCAGCAGAGGGAUACAAUAUACAAUAAUAUAAUAGCCUGGCUAUUGAGUUUGAUGAGCAAAGACUUUCCAAAACUUUUUAAAAGAACAGUUUGUAAGCAGUUUCCUCGGGUUUUAUAGGUAACACGUGCUAUGACCUCACUCCUCAGAACUAGAUGCACCACUCGUCUCUCCUUCAAGUGGGUCUUUGAUUUCUGUUGACAAUGCUGUGAGGGUACGGGAGGUGUUUAUGGCAACGUCUCUUCUGAGAAGGUGUGUGUGGGGUAUUAAGUGUGAUGAUGAUGCUGUACAGUAUGUAUGCCUGUGAAGGGCUCUCCUGUGGUGGACUGAGAAUGAUACCAAAGUUAAACCCCCACAGUGAGACCCGACACACACAACACACACACGGAGAACACACACACACACACACACACGCAGUUAAUCCAUGUGUAUAUAAACAUUCAGGAGUCUUCAUGAAGACUAAAUGCUACAUAAUGGUAUUUAUUUACCCUUCAUUGAUAUCAAAAGACAUAAUACUGUCGUCAAGAGCACUUAAUGCUAUGAAGCUAUGCGCCUUGAAUUGUGACCAUUUUAUACAGUAGUUACAAGUGGCUAUGAAUGUUUGUUUUAUGUGCUUAUUAAGAAUGUCUUCAACUUAUAGGUCUCCAUCAACUAAGAUAUUUCUUUGGCCUUGAGAACACAAAAAUGUCUGAACGUCACAUCAAAUCAGACAAGAUAUAAUAAAAGAGAGAACAAACAUACUCAAUUUGCCCAAAUCAAGUGGAUAUAGUAAGAGAGAGAACAAAAGUCCAUUUUCCCCAUAUGCUUUGUUUAUUUUUUUGAAACAUUUUUUUCUACAAUACAGCUUAAAUCCAAAGGUCAUUUAAUGGAGGAUGGCAAAGAAAGAUUUUACUAAUGAAAACCUCAAUAGUGAAAACCAAAGAGCUCCACCACACAUUCUUUCUUUUACAAGUAAAAACUUUGCAUUUUUCUUUUUGACGAUAAAAAUGGCAAAAGUUCUCUUUAAUACAACGACGUUUGAUGAUGAUGAUAACUAUGAUGCUGAUGAUAACUAAAACACUGCUCUGUGACUUUGUAUCUGUUACGACCCAUUUCCUUUCUGUUUGUGAGUAACCUGCUUUUACCUCAAGGCUCUCUCUGAGUUAGUAACCCGUUUUUUGAUUUUGUUCCCAACUGUUAAACUGCCCCUUACUCAUCGCUAUCGGUGUGCCUGUUGUUUGGGGGGAGGGGGACAAAUGAAACAGUAAGUGUUAGGAAUAAAGUGCAAAUUUAGACCAA